GGUAAAUAAAUUUUAAAAAGAUUUUGGGUGGGUAUGAAACUCGAUUUUAUCGUGUCACCUUUAUUGUUCCCCAAAUCCCCACUUUUACAAGAAGGUUCUCACCCUCACUGCAGCCAUCGUCAUCACCAUCGGCCACUGAUGCUUGAAAGAGAUAUGUUGUUAUCAACCACAAAAAAUGAACCAUCCCACUAUAUGUUAAAGAUCGAGUACUUCUCUAUUCUUUCUGAAGCUGGAAAUAUCAAAAUUGAAUCUGAUGUUUUUGAAGCUAGUGGUCAUAAAUGGAGACUGGAUUUGUAUCCAAAUGGAAAUAAGGAGGAAAAGGGUGACAAUCACAUUUCUUUGUAUUUGAUUAUAUGCGACACUGAAAGUCUUGAAAAGGGGUGGAAAGUCCAUGUUGAUGUCAACUUUUUUGUUUAUGAUCAUAUAGCUCACAACUAUGUUAUCUUUCAAGAUGAUGAAGGAAAUAGGACAAGGUUUCAUGAGAAGCAGAUGAAAUGGGGUUUUGAGAAACUAAUAUCUUUGGAGCAUUUUAAGGAUAGUAACAAAGGGUACAUUUUCAACGAUUCAUGUGUGUUUGGAGCUGAGGUUUUUUCAGUUCCAGAGUAUACCUUGAAAGACAGAUGCUUAUCCAUGAUAAAGCCUCCAGCAACUAUGAACACUUACACUUGGAUUGUUGAUAAUUUUUCUUCUAUAAAAGACGAUUGCUUGCAUUCUGAGGUACAUGAGGCUAAGUCGUUUCCUAAUGAUUGGAAAGUUUAUGCAAGAUUUGAACUUCAGAUUAAGAACAAAAGUGGUUAUGCUGCAAAAGACACUGGGCAUUGGUUUUGUGAAGAUGAAGAUGAUUGGGGUUUUUCAUGUUUCAUACUGUUGAGUGAACUUCGUGACAUGAGUAAGGGCUUUUUGAAGAAUGAUACGCUUAUUGUUGAAGCAAAGAUUUCAGUUGUUGGAAUGCUAAAAAAUUUCAUCUGAAGAAUGUUUUUUUUUUUGCCAACAUAUGUUGAUAAACGUAACCUUUUUGUUUAAACCUAUGGUUUUUAAUGUUUGGGAUUAUUAAUGAAUGUGGUGUUCAUUGGUUAUUGGAAGCUUUUAUCUUGUAUGUGUCUAGUAAACAUUGCGUUAUUCAUAUUGUGAUAAUGG